AUACGAAAAAAAGAGGGAAAUAAAUUUUCCUUUUUUUUUUCUUGAAAAUUUUCCGCAAUUUAAAGACAUCUUUCAAUUAUUUCUCUGCUAUUAAUUAAUAUAGACACAAAACAAUAGAUUUUGUGGUCCAAAAAUUUCAUUUUCUAGAAAGAUUACUUUCACAUUUCUUCGAUUUUCCUUCAUUUUCUACUGUAAUUUUCUCCGUGAAAAUGACAUCACCCGUGACCCUUAGAAUGAUUCAAGAGGUGGGUCACAGACCAAUUUAUAUAAAAAGAAUUAAUUAAUUCUAAUAUCAUCCAAAGACUCCAAUGACCUCUUCAAACUGCAUAAUCCAUAUGCAGUUCUUCAAGCUUUCUGGCAGUCAAAUAACAACUUCUAUGCCUUCUGAGGAAAAACCCUUCCCCAGAAGUCAAAUUGGCUGCUCCCAAGCAGCCUCUUCUCCUCUAUAAAUACCCCCCAUGCAUCCUUCUUAUCCUCAAACCCAGUUCUCCUUCUGCAUAAUCUUCUUCCCCACCUGCAAAUUUCCCGAGAAAAAUGGCCUUAAUGGACGGCUCUGUGGCGGAUAUGCUGAUCAAGGUGGUGAUGUUCGCUAUCGUUCAGGGUCUGGUUUAUCUGAUCCUGAAGAGUUCUUCAGACGUUUUCUCAAAGAAGAAUAUGAGGUCUCUCAGCUUCAAGCCUGCUCGAUCCGCUAGCAUUCGCCGGAUUCUUGCUGCCAUCUCCGAUUUUCCUGCAGGCAGCGAGGUGUCAUCGCCAUCAUUAAGAGGCCUGCAGUCACCCACCGGAGAAUAUGACACUGCUGAUGAGGAUAAAUCCUAAGAGUUCUUCAGCAUGUCGAUGCUGUUGAUUAUAUCUGUUUGGCGUUUGUUUAGGAAUUGAUUCUUUUGUUCUUUUAAAUGGUAUUAAUUUUGGGGUUUGUGUGAGGAUUUGGUUUUGUAUUGAUUGAAAUAUUUUGUGCAUACAUAGGAUUUGUGUGAAUGAUCAUUUCUCGGGUGUAGGCUUAAAAAUUGUAAUUUCAUGGAUUCAUGUGAAUAAUUAAUUCUGGCCUGCGUCCCGACCUUUUAAAUA